CUUCAAUCGACACAUAUAUCUGGUGAGUAGACAAAGGCAGGCAAUCCAUCCAUCCAUCCAUCCAUCCAUCGCAGUUGGGGAACGACAGACGCCAGUCACCAUGUCCGCCAGGUCGAAGAUCGUGAAGCCUAACGGCCAAGAGCCAGACGAGCUUGAGCUCCAAGUUGCUCAGAACAUUCAGGAACUCGAGUCCAACGUGCCUGAGCUCAAGGAGGACCUUAUGGGUCUCCAGUUCGUCAGCGCCAAGGAGGUUGACGUCGGUCACGGAAAGAAGGCCAUCAUCAUCUUCGUCCCCGUCCCUCUCGUCAAGCAGUACCACAAGGUCCAGACGCGCCUUGUUCGCGAGUUGGAGAAGAAGUUCUCCGACCGUCACGUCCUCCUUGUUGCCCAGCGCCGUAUCCUGCGCAAGCCUACCCGCAAGGCUCGUGUCCACCAACCCCGCCCCCGUUCCCGCACUCUCACCGCUGUCCACGAGGCCCUCUUGGAGGAUUUGGUCUACCCUACCGAGAUUGUCGGCAAGAGGACGCAAGUGCGUGUUGACGGUAGCAAGACGAUCAAAGUUUUCUUGGACCGCAAGGACCACACUUCCCUUGAGUACAAGCUCGAGACCUUCUCUUCCACAUACAAGAAGCUCACUGGAAAGGAUGUUGUCUUCGAGUUCCCUGUCGGUAGCCAAGAAUAAAUCUCUCUUCAAUGAGGAAUUCAUCAUCUUGGGGUGGAGGGGUCGUGUACAGGCGCGUGGAUUGCGGCGAGACGGAGGGAAAAUCCUUUUUGCCACAUCAAAUACAUUAUAGUCUCUUGAUUGCAUUCUGAAUCAUGUGAAUCUAUGUGUGAUGCGCUCGACCCUGGACAACAGUGGGGCAUAUUACUUCCGACGCUGGUUUGGACAACUUUGGCGAAUGGGUUAUCAGUGUCCCUGGAUGUGCAGCUGGACAAGUCGGAGGACGGCUGCAAUGGAUGGGGUUGGGCGAUGGAGACGCGCGGGGGACUGGCAUCGAAAAGGAUGGCUUAAAGAUCGGCCCCGCGGAUGCUCCUGCUCGCAAGAAAGGGGUAUUCAAUCGCAAUUCGGCGGCGAC